GUGGCGUUGUACAUGAUUGUUUUUAUUAUGCUGCUACAACACGCCAUAACCGAUCACAAAGUACAAAACAUCGGUGCAACUAUCAAAGAAAAUCACAAACUACUACCAAAUGAUUUAUCUAUAGAAAGAAUCUGUCGGAAAAUUUACGGCAAAAUAGCCAUCGUGUCGGCUGUAACUGCUGGUAACUACGUCAGAGAUACCGUCAAUAGUGCAGUACAAUCAGUCAGGUGUUACGCUAAGUUAAAACGUUAUGAUUUGCUUCUAAUCCAAGAAGAAAAGGAUGGUACUUAUACAGGGUUGAAUGGGUGGACGAUUCCCAAACAAUGUCUUCAAAAAGAUGUCAGCCUAGCAAAGAAACGACGUUUUGUUGCUCAGUUACUUUAUUAUUACGAUUAUAUUGUUCAUUUGGACGCAGAUACUGGUGUUGUGAACGCUCGGCAUUGUUUUGAAGAGUACAUCACACCUGGAAUUGAUGUAUUUCUUUUAGAAAGGAUCCACUCGGGUGAAAUACAAUCUGGAAAUUAUAUAGUGAAAAAUUCCACAUACGCUCGCAAUUUCUUGAUGGAUUCCUAUAGGCGCAUGGUUGAUCCAAAAAAGGUCGAAAACGCCGAGUUAGUAUUCGAGUUUCAUUCUCGUGUUGUUAAUAAAGCAGGUAUAAUCAAAUGCCAGCAAAAUUAUACAUAUUAUAACUAUGUCAGAUGCGUUAAGAGGACCAUGAAUGGACAAAUGGUGUUUGAAAACUUUAAAGUGUACAGAAGAGCUGACGGGUUUGUUAGAGAUGCGUGGGCAAGUAAUUUUUUUUGGUCUGAAAAAGACUUCUUAUUGCAUGCAAUAAAAUAUAAGGACGAUGUUUUGUUUACAAAAACAAUAUCAUCUGUAGAUUGCUCCAAUAGCACUUGGUUGCCAGUAAAAACAUCAUUGUUUGCUAAUCUAAAUCUUAUGAAAAGUAUAUGGAAAAUUUUUGAUAAAGGUGUACCAAACUACAAAUUUGGAAUUGAACAUGCCGACAUAGCAGAUUGUUGGCCGUAUUGUCCAGAAAACAUAACACAACCCUUACGUUGAAGAAUGGUUGAAAUAUCACAUGAUGUUAUGAAAAUGUAGUU